UUGACACUAACCUAAUUGUUUUAAUCGCAUUGUAUUUCGAUUUAAACAUAAAUAUUAGAUAUUUUAGAAACAUAUUUAUAUAUGUCAUUUUACUCUUCUGAAACUUAAGGUUGUUACUCGUGUAAUAAGUAUUUUCUAAUAUGGAUGUGGAAUUACUGAGGCCAGGCACUGUUCCCAUAUCUCCCGAUACAGUAUUAUGGUUUGAAUUUUUAUUAGAUCCCGACUUACUGUUGAAACAUUUGCAGAAAUCAUGUCCAGAUCCAUCUCCAACAGAACUAAUAACAAAAUUUUACGAUGUUAUAUCUGAGGCACUGAAAACAAGGCCGGAAGUUGAAACCGGAGAGAUUAUUAAUGUUGAAUCAAGUUCUGAAAAACCUAAGCAUCCCGCUAAAAAUGUUGCAUUGAAAAUCCUUUCCUUGAAAAUAGCAGCAUUUCUGAAAUGGAGUUUAGAUCAAUUACGAAGCUUGCCGUUUAAGACUCAAAUAAAUCUACUGCAGGAUUUAAUGUUUUUUACGAAUAAUGAAAACGCCGCAGAAAUACCUAAUAUAGAAGACCCAGAUGUUAAGUAUGCGGCACCGCAGUAUCUUUUUGCUCUUUUAUUAUUUCAUCGAUGGCUUUUAAAAACAUCAAUGCAUAGAGUUACCUCCAACUGGCAACUAAGGUUUAGUAUAAACGAUAUGUCCCUAGUUGAUGUGAACAUCAUUUGUUCUCCUGAAAAUAUUACAAAAUCUGUCGCUUUUCUUACGAGUUCGUUGGAAUGGGAAGCCGUACCGCAGAUGCUGACAUUCGAGUGUUUUAAUUUGCUUACGGAAGCAAAUGACUCCAUCGAAUUCGAGUGGGAGAAAAGCCAGCCGAUUUCCAGGAACGAGUUUUGUGCCCAAAUAAAUUACGAUCUUGGCGCGUUUUUCUUUUACCAAGAAGAGUAUGAUUUGGCAAAAAAACAUUUCUCUAAUUGUCUGCAGUGUUUCAUGGAUAUGCCGAAAAUUAACGAAUUUUACGAUGUGGAUAGGCACAUGUUGGAAAUUUAUAUUAACGCUUGCCACGGUUCUCAGGAAAUACAUAAGGGGAACUUACUGGAGCAAUUAAAUUUGUCGAUUGUAAACCAGUAUAUGGGUAUUACUACGAUUUUGCAGCAAGACAAUAUUUACAGGGAAAUUCCAUUAGUGCAUAGACUAAAUUUAGAGUUGGAUAUUCAAGGAGCAUUAUCGAGUGGGGCAUUUACCGUUGCUAGAGAUUUACUUUUUAAAAUUAAAGCGCUGAAUAUUGUAAGAAGCAUUUUAGACAAAAAACCUCUAUACCAAUAUUCGUUUUCUUCGGUGAAAAAUGUGGAGAUAUUUGUUUGGGCGUUUCAAGUUACUUGGAAAUCAUUUUCAGAGAAAGACAGACUGUUAUUAAAAUCGUAUCUCCUGGAAAUUACAUUAAAAGGAGACUUCCCCGACCUACUGCUAAAGAUCGAAUCAAUUGAAGAAUUUGACGUUUUCAAUAAACUGGAUCUGCAGUAUAUUAAAGGUUCCGAGCCUAAAUUCGACAUUCCCGAGAGUCUAACGAAAACUGAUAUGAAUAUGCUCGAAUUCAGCAGAAAAAGGAAACCAAAAAUGGAGUUGAGGCAGUUGGAAGAGCAGCUAAUAGCCACAUACGAUCACAAGGAAAUCAAAGAAAUACUUGUAAAAAUUGCAGUACUCAACUUGGGUACUACCGUUUGGAGUAUAAAUCCUCAGUGGGAACUACCUAUACCACUACAAAGUGUAUUGAAGUCGCUUCCGAGAGGUUUCCACCAAGAUUAUGCUUACGUAAUUUUAGCAAAAUCCAAGGAGCAACUUUUAAAUAAAAACUGGAAACUGUCCAUGGAAUUACUGCUGAUUUUAGACAAGGAACUGCACACUUCUAACUGUAACGUAGCGAAAUUGUACAAACUUAUUAGUUGGGAAAUAUUGUUAGUUCAAAUAACGCAGCUGAUCGAUGAAUGGCCAAAACAUACAAUCGGUAUAGACAAACACGCUCUAGCAAACGCCUGCGAAGUGUGCCUCCAGACGAACGACACUGUUCUACCGAGAACGGAAAUAGUCGAACAGUGUGCAGUUUUCUUACUAAAUUUGGGAAGAUGGGACUUUCUGAUAAAUCACGAAAAGAGGAGGACCACCUUCGAAAUUACAUCUGCGAUAGCUUUGGCAUGCCAGGACAUAGUUAAGCAGAAAGGAAAUAAGAAACUGUCCAAAAACUUGUGGGAUACUGUGCUGCCGGUGUUUGCUACGUCUCAGACAAAACGUAACAAUUCGGGUUACCACGACAUGUCCAACUUUAAAAGUAACCUGAUGUCCAUAUUUUAUAAACUGAAGGACUCGUGGUGUUUAGCAGUGGUGAUAUCCCUGCUGACGAAACUGUUCAACGUACUUAAGGACGAAGCUAGCAUAGAACUCCAAGUCGAUUACUCCAAUCUGUGGCCGGCGGUCGUUAGCAACGCUAAUUCUUACAAUGCUGUCGCAGUUUGUGAAUUAUUGUCUGAAAUUGUUACCCAGGCCCUCAAGGAUUACCCCACAAACGUUUCGUGGCUCAGGCUGAUGGGUGACAUCAAUUUUGCCAAUGGCCAUUACCGAGCAUCGUUAAGCUUUUAUUUAAAGUCCUUGUUGAUUUUUAACGACUUCUUCAACAUACCAGUGAGGAACGACGACCACGUCUUUAGGAGAAUGAUAAAAUGUUGUACUAGUUUAGGUUGCUACACGCAAGCUGCCGUCUUGUGUCAGUUUUUAGAAGAGACCGAUUACUUGUUGGCUUUCAGGAUUCUAGCAGAUCAGAAAACAAGUAACGAUGCAGUGGACGCAUACUACCACUGUUUCUGGGAUACGAGUAUUCUAGAGUAUUUAAUUCACACUCAUAAUAAGAAAGGGGAGUUCCAGAGGCGUAAAUGUGCGAUUCAAGUUAUCGGUAUGUUAGAGUUAAACUCGAAUAACAAUGAGGAGAUCCAAAGGGAGGCGAGUAAUUUAAGGAAAAGUACAUUUUUAAGGGCUCUUUGUAAACAGUAUGUUUUUUAAUUUUAAAAAUAAAUAAAUUUUUUC